AUGAGUGUAGCAGCAAAGAGUCUUGUUGAAAAAUUUGAAGAAGAAGGCAUACCGACUGGAAAGGUUGCUGCAAUUUUUAAUGAUGGUGACUCAACUUUCACUAAUAGGGAUUGUUGGAAUUACAUUAGAAAUGUUCGGAGAAAGAAUUUAGAUGUUGGAGAUGCUCAAGCUGUUUUCGAUUAUUGUAAACGGAAACAAGUAGAAAAUUCUAACUUUUUCUAUGCAAUCCAAUGUGAUGAAGAUUCUCGGAUGGUGAACUUGUUUUGGGUGGAUGCUAGAUCACGAUUAUCUUACCAACUCUUUGGGGAUGUCAUCACUUUUGAUACCACUUAUAAAACUAAUAAGUAUAGUAUGCCGUUUGCUCCAUUUGUUGGGUUGAAUAAUCACUCUCAGUCUAUUUUAUAUGGUUGUGCUUUACUACAAGAUGAAUCAGAGGCUUCUUUUGUGUGGUUGUUUAAAACAUGGCUUCAAGCAAUGGGUGGAAAAAAACCUAUAUCUAUCAUAACUGAUCAAGAUUUAGCUAUGAAAGCUGCUUUGGCAAAAGUCUUUCCAGAAAGCCGUCACCGCCUGUGUUUGUGGCAUAUUAUAAAGAAGUUUCCUGAGAAGUUAGCUCACAUAUAUCACAAACAAUCUAUUUUCAAGCGAGAUAUGAAAAGAUGCAUUCGAGGUUCACAUAGCAUUCAAAGUUUUGAAGAAGAAUGGAUGCGCAUAAUGGUCGAGUAUAACUUGAAGGAAAAUGAAUGGCUUCAAGGGUUAUAUAAGAUUAGAGAAUCUUGGAUACCAAUUUAUAACAGGAGUACAUUCUUUGCUGGAAUGAAUACUACUCAAAGAAGUGAAAGUAUUAAUGCUUUCUUUGAUUCUUUUGUUGAUGCAUCAACAACAUUACAAGAAUUUGUGUUGAAGUUUGAGAAAGCUGUUGAAAGUCGCUUAGAGGCAGAACGAAAGGAAAAUUAUGAAUCAAGGCAUAAGUCUCGUAUUUUGAGUACCGGGUCAAAACUUGAGGAACAUGCGGGGCAUCUAUAUACACCAGAAAUAUUUUUGCUAAAUUUAAAGGUGAGCUAG